AUGGAGGAAUUCAAGUUGUUAAGUUGCGGUAUAGACAACAAGUACGGCCAAGAUCUAGGAGCUGGGUACCAUGAAGAUCUUGAAGCGAUAUAUAGGAACAAGGGGUACUGGUUCGGGGAUUCCCUUACAUAUAACGAUCCCGGAAUGGGGAGAAGUUUUAUCCACGGGACGGGUCUGUAUCAUCCUUCUCGUCCAAUUCAAUGGGACUGA